AUGUUCAUCCCUACCCUACAGGCUCACUGCUCCGAUGAACAGAUGCACUUUCUGGAGCAAGCCAUGACGAUGCAGAUCAUUGGAACUUAUGCUCAGACUGAGUUAGGUCAUGGAACAAACCUCAAAAAACUCGAAACAACGGCUACAUACGAUGCGAAAACACAAGAAUUUGUGCUGAACAGUCCUACCACCACAUCAAUGAAAUGGUGGCCAGGAAAUCUUGGAAAAAGCGCCAACUAUGCUAUUGUAGUUGCGAUUCUGAUGAUUGACGGGAAAAAUUACGGACCACAUAAUUUUUUAGUUCAAAUUCGAGAUCUGGAAACCCAUAUACCAUUAAAAGGUGACUUUUAA